AUGAGCAACCGAGCAGUAGCCGUAUUACGAGGAGACGCCGGUGUCACGGGGACUGUGUGGUUCACUCAGGACAAAGAAUCGGAUCCAUGUUUGAUUAAAGGCGAAAUCAAAGGUUUAACUCCUGGUCUCCAUGGUUUCCAUGUGCAUCAGUAUGGUGACGCUACAAACGGUUGUAUCUCAGCUGGGCCACAUUUCAAUCCAUUCAGCAAGACUCAUGGAGGACCAAAUGACAGCACACGUCAUGUGGGCGAUCUCGGCAACGUUGAAGCGGGGCCGGAUGGCGUCGCGUCUUUUGAGAUCAAGGAUCAUCUUGUGAAGAUUCAUGGAGAGCACAGUGUUAUCGGACGUUCACUCGUUGUUCAUGCUGGCACUGAUGAUCUUGGUAAAGGAGUUGGCGAGAAGAAAGAGGAAUCCUUGAAAACUGGAAAUGCUGGUGCACGCGCUGCCUGUGGAGUGAUCGCUAUUGCAGCAACGCAGUGA